AUACACAUUAACAGGAGAGCACAUAUAACAGGAAACGCUAGCAAGAGCAGACAAACUUUGCUCUGGGUAAACAGCCAGGGGGGGAGCAGAAAAAUUGAAGAAGUAGCUGUUGUUGCAGUCGAGGGUCCAAUUUACAUAUCACAUCCGGGUUUGCCAACUUCACGACGCUCCCCAAUUAUCACUUCCAGUGCAAACUUUGCCCCGUGUCGUCUUCCUCACACGCUGUUUACUGUACUAUGCAACGGGCAGUAACAGCGGGACUGUGCAUAGUCCGACAGAGCACAGCUACCAAGGCCGUAUUCACACUUUCACCAGCGUCUGCCGCUCGUCGAAACAUGUCUUCUCAUGCAAAACGACCCUCGUCCCUCCUGGGGACUAUGGCAUUUGGGGGACGAGCUGAUGCCGACCUGAGCCUGGAGAUGGUCCGAGCCUUCCUGCAGCGGGGGCACAGCCAGGUGGACACCGCUUUCAUGUACACGGAUGGACAGUCAGAGACAGUCAUUGGAGGCAUGAAUCUCCCGAAAACAGUGAGCAUAGCCACCAAGGCCAACCCCUGGGAUGGGAAGACGCUGAAACCAGAAAGUGUGCGCUCCCAGCUAGAAACCUCCCUCAAAAGGCUGCAUACAGACUGUGUGGACCUCUUCUACCUCCAUGCCCCUGACCACCAAAACCCAAUCCAGGAUACACUUAGAGCCUGCAAUGAACUCCACAAAGAGGGGAAAUUCAAGGAGCUUGGCUUGUCAAACUAUGCAUCAUGGGAAGUGGCUGAGAUUGUGUGCAUCUGCAGACACAACAACUGGAUUGUUCCCACCGUGUAUCAGGGAAUGUACAAUGCCACCACAAGACAGGUUGAGACGGAGUUGCUUCCAUGUCUGAGAUAUUAUGGGAUGAGAUUUUAUGCAUACAAUCCUCUAGCAGGAGGUCUCCUGACAGGGAAGUAUCAUUAUCAAGACAAAGAUGGUUCACAGCCUGCAGGACGAUUCUUUGGCAACAGCUGGGCCGGUGCAUACAGGGACAGAUACUGGAAAAUGAGUCAUUUCCAGGCAAUAGAUUUGGUUCAGAAGGCGCUGGAAACGGUGUAUGGGUCAGAGAAGCCCACCAUGACUUCUGCUGCUAUUCGCUGGAUGUACCACCACUCCCAGCUCAAGGGUGAUCUGGGAGACGGAGUCAUCAUUGGAAUGUCAAGUAUGGAGCAACUUCAGCAAAACCUGUCUGCGGCAGAGGAAGGUCCUCUGGAUGAGAGAGUGGUGACGGCCUUCAAAGAGGCCUGGGAUCUUGUGGCCCAUGAGUGUCCAAACUACUUCCGCUAAAGACCCGUCUCCCCAUUUAUCACCAGAGCUAAAGUACCAGAAAAAUAUCACAGAAUUAUAAUUUGUACACCAAUCUAUAUAAAUUUCCUACUUCUACAAAAUAAAAGGUCAAUGUUUGCGAGUUUGAUG